AUGCCCUCCACUCUCGAACGGGAAUCUGGUCGUAUGGGAUUGCCCUUCUACCUCUUCGCUACGAUCCUCCUCUUCAACUUAGACGUCGCGGCAUUAGCGCUCACGCGGGAUCUUCGCGUCAACGACGAUGACACGUGCGAGCUCCAAGUCACGCUUUCCGCCACCCUCCACGAACGCCUUCUUUAUCUCCUCCGAGUCGUCCGCCUUGCUUCCAACGCUAUCGUCCCCGACGAGAUCGCCGCCAGCGCCGAUGUGGACUUCAAUCUCGCGGCUCUCUCCGAGCUCGGAUCAGACUUUCCUCCUUUCCCCGUCCUCCUCUUCCUACAAUGUUACCCGGACUACAACCAACUCUCCGGACCAACCCCUCGAUCCGUCUGGGCGAAAACCUGGUACGACUACCAGCAAUGCGCGCACGCAUCCAUGGACUGGAUCGCGAGAGCCAUGCGGACCUCGGUCGGGACUCACGGAGAGAUGUCUGCUUGGAGGUGGACCCCGCAUUCGUUCUCGCCCUCGUGGGUGAUAAUCGGAGAAGAUUACGGCGACGUACUCUCGGCGAGGAGUCUCCAGAAGACUUGUCUAGGCGCGGAUCUCAUCGCCGAGGCGAUGCGAAGCCGUGGCAUCCUUCGCGCCAUCGCCAACGUCCUCGGAGUCGCCGACAUCUACGUCCUGGUCUACUGCGACGACAUCCUCGUUGUAAACGCGAACCCCGGCGUUCUUCACGGGUUCGACCUCGUCUCCGUAGUAUCCGGAGUUAUCACCGAGUACGAGAGAGCUCGUCGCCCCGGCCGGUUUCUCUGGACUGUCACGCCGCGGUCGACUACACAUGGAUUAGUACCGACUCUAUCCAUGACUCCGCUCGAAGUCGGCAUGGACGUUGAUUAG